CUCUAUCGGAAGUCGGCAGAAGAAAAAGAACGCUCGACCUAUGAACGAAAGAAGAAGCUCAAGACUGCUUUGGAAGGAGAGGAAUGACGACCUCUAUUUUCGUUUACCUACAUAAGCAAAUAGUACAUAACUACAACUGGAACAAUUCGAUGUCUGAAUGGGAAGCCCAUGAGGGAAAGCCAAUUCCAACAGAGCUAAGAAAAGAUGAGGCAGCCCUGAGGAAAGCCAUUGAAUUUGAUGAUGAAAAACACGAGCAGACAGCCAAUCAUCAGGAUGAUGAAUAUGCCUGGGCUGGAGUGCAGGAUCCCAAGAUAAUGAUAACGACUUCUCAUAAUCCAAGCUCAAGGCUUAAACAAUUUGCCAAGGAGCUGCGCCUAAUAUUUCCUAACAGUCAGCGGUUAAACCGUGGCAACUAUGUAUUGAGCCAGCUGGUUCAUGCAUGCAAAGCUAAUGAAGUCACAGACCUAAUAUUGGUUCAUGAACACAGAGGAGAACCUGAUGGUCUUGUAGUAUCACAUCUUCCAUUUGGUCCAACAGCUUAUUUCACUUUAUCAAACACAGUAAUGAGACAUGAUAUUCCCAAGAUUGGUACAAUGUCCGAGGCAUAUCCACACUUAAUAUUUCAUAACUUCAAUUCAAAACUUGGAGAAAGGGUAAAAAGCAUUUUGAAAUAUUUGUAUCCAGUUCCUAAAGAUGAUAGUAGAAGAGUGAUUACAUUCGCAAACCAAGAGGACUACAUCUCAUUCAGGCAUCACACAUAUAAGAAAGUAGAUGGACAGGUUGAAUUAACAGAAGUGGGACCAAGAUUUGAAAUGAAAGUUUAUGAAAUCAAACUUGGAACAGUUGAUCAGAACGAAGCUGAUGUGGAAUGGAGAUUAAGACCUUACAUGAAUACGUCGAAGAAGAGAAAAAUGCUGAGUAGUCAGUAACUUAAAGUAGCUAGUAAGUUAGAUCUCUCUUCAGGAGCUGGAGUAGUUAGUCAAGAGCUAGUCAAUUGCAGUACAUGUAUAUACGUGUAGUUUGAUGCUUAUAGUUGUAACAUUUGAAGUAUAUAAUGUAAAUCUAUCAGUGCUUGUUCAUCUCUACUAGUAUUCUUACGAUGUACAAAAUACAUGCAAAAUUGUUAAAGAACCAGGUUUCAAAAUAUUGCAAUAUAAUUGACUCAUUAACGCACACAUUUUGUUGUGCUUUUCAUUAUGGAAUUGUAUGUAGUCUUAAAGUAAGUGACAUUUUUACCAAGCAACCUCUCCCAUUCUUCGUUUCCUUUUUCUUUCUCUCUCAAGGUUAUCUUUGCCUUUUCAUUGUUUGCUUUGUUAAUCCUUGUUAGCUUGUUAUUAGUCAGACGUACACAUGUACGAUACAGAUUAGAAUCAAGAACAUUUAACCAACCCUUCCCCUCCCAACCCACUCUGAUAUUGUGAGUGGACCCGUCAAUGUACAGUAGAACCCAGUUAAUCCGGUCACCAGCAGGCCACAAAACUCUGGUCGUAUUAACGGGGUGGCCGUAUUAAAGGGGUUCUUU